CUUCAUUAAUCGACUGCCAUCGACAUGACCCCUGGGAAACCAUCCAAGCAACACCAUGAAGGCCGAACAGUAUGUCGCGAACGACAUCCAACCGGUCUCAACCUCAGUCACAUCAAUGAGAAAAAGCUGCUGCGGAAGAUGGACCUCCACCUUAUGCCUAUGCUGACCCUGCUAUACCUCUUUUCAUUCCUCGAUCGAGGGAACAUCGGCAACGCCAGGAUUGAAGGCAUGGAGGAUGAUCUGCACCUAGGAGGGACACAAUAUAACUGGGCGCUCAUGGUCUUUUUCUUCACCUACACUGUUUUCGAAUUGCCAUCAAACCUUAUUCUGCAAAAAGUGCGCCCGUCCAUAUGGAUUCCGUCGCUGAUGGUGGCGUGGGGGAUUGUGAUGACUCUGAUGGGGAUUGUCACCAAUUACAAGGGGCUUCUUAUUGCGAGGGCGUUCCUGGGGGCUGCAGAAGCCGGCAUCUACCCGGGCGUGACUUACUACAUCACCAUGUGGUACUCGCGACAUGAAGCUCAGUUCCGCCAAGCCUUGUGCUUCAGCGCUGCUAGUAUUGCGGGGGCUUUUUCAGGAUUACUUGCGUUUGCGAUCGGAAAAAUGAACGGCAUCGGUGGAUUUUCUGGCUGGCGCUGGAUCUUUAUCAUCGAAGGAUUGGCGACGGUGCUUGUGGCUGUAAUGGCCUAUUUUGUACUGUACGACUAUCCCGAUACUGCAUCCUUCCUGACCCGGGACGAACGAGCCUGGGUUCUGCGCCGUUUGCGACUGCAAUUCUCCAAUAACGGCAACGUGGUGCCAGAGACAGUGGUGUUCAAAUGGAAGUAUGUCUGGGAUGCAGCCAAGGAUUGGCAAGUGUAUAUGGCGAUUCUAAUAUACUUUUCCGCCGUCUGUCCGCUAUACGGCAUCUCAUUCUUCCUGCCUACCAUCAUCCGCGAUCUGGGAUAUACAUCCUCCACCGCGCAGCUGCUUACAGUUCCCCCAUACAUCACCGCCGCAAUCGCUGCCAUCCUCGCCGCCUGGUUCGCCGACCGCAACGGCGAGCGCUCUCCUCUGCUACUAUUCCACAUCGGAUGCAUCGUCGCGGGAUUCUUCGUCUGCCUGGCUGGAUCACAGCGAUGGGUUCCCGGCCUUGUAUACUUUGGCGUUUUUCUAGCAAUCCUAGGAAUCUACCCCGCCAUUCCCGCCCUCAUCACCUGGCUCAGCAGUAAUCUCGCCGCGGAACAUAAACGUGCCGCCGGAAUGGCCAUUCACAUCGGCCUGGGGAACUUUGCAGGCGCAAUGGCCUCCCACUUCUACCGCACCCGCGACGCCCCGCAAUACGUGCUCGGCCAUGCCUUGGAACUCGCAUUCGGGAUUAUGGGUGUGGUGGCGAUUGUGAUUACCCGGUUCACAUACGUGCAUAUUAAUCGUGAACGGGUGGAUAAGUUGGUGGAGUUGCGACCGCAGUAUUCGCUGGAGGAGUUGGGGGAGAUGGGGGAUAAGUCGCCGACGUUUCGGUAUAUGUUGUAGGGAUGCAUGUAAGGUGGUCAUGGAUGGUAGAGGGAUUCGAUCGUGAUAUUUGGUGUUGUAACUGUCAAUUGACUUCGGUAAGAUAUACUUGGUAAUGUUCUAUAUAUUGAUGAGGUAUCUAUGUACAGUAAUCGCAGAUAAACAUGC